AUGGCUACUUCAGCUUUUACCUUUGCAGGUGUGGAAUUUGUACCAAACAAUCAUGCAGCCAUUCUUGACAACACUGAUGUUCCAAGGGAUUAUCAUCCCCUUCAGCAAUUCUUGGCACAGAGUGCCCUGGCCACUGCCCUUACAGCGCCUGCCAGACUCUCAGGAAGCCAAAUCAUCACUUUCUGGAGAACAGGGCAUUAUGACAAUGGUGAUCUCAUAUCUAAAGAUGAGAAGAGACCAGUUCUCAGGCCUCUACAAAUUCCAGCUCCAUUAAGAGCUAGACUGAAUCUGCCUCAAGCACCACAACAACAGCCUCAACCCCAACCACACCAUCCAGUCUCUCCUACAGCCACCAGACAACCCAGAUCAUCAACACCAAAAACAUCAAGGGCUACAAAGUCUGAUGCCCCUUCCACUAAGAAGACCAGAACCUCUGUUGCUACACAAAAAAGAAGGAGACUGGUUGCAGCUUAUGAUUAUGAUGAUCUUGAACCUUCACAUGCAACAAACUCUGAACCUUCCCAGGCCAGUCCUAAAACAAAGACAGCAAGAUUUAAGAGAAGGGCACACAAGCCUAAGAGGGCAAAGGUACCCAUAACUGAGAUCACAGAUUUUACUCUUGAGGAAGAGCAAGCACCAUCUACUACACUUCCAGAAUCUUUUCAAGCUCUGAUGGUGCAUCCCCUUCAAGCUGUUCCAAUCUCUGCUGCUACAGCAUCCUCUACUUCAUCUGAAUCCCUUGCUAAGGCUGGUGAAGAGCCUAGCAAAUUAAAGUCUGAAGCUCAAGAAAAAUCUGUUUCAGAUCCUGUUAAGAAUGUUGAAGAUCCUGCAUCUGAUGAUGAUGAGGAUGAUGAAAGUUCAGAUGAUGAAAAUGAUGAUGAAAACAGAGGUAGCCAGUUUCAAGGAAACUCAAAAUAUGGACAAGAAAAGGCACUUGUUACCUCUAAAGGAAGACAUGAAGAAGCUGUUGUCUCUUUGCUUGCCCUCGAACGGGAGCUCUAUGCGAUGGAGAACACUAGCAGGAAAACUGAAGUGCAUUCGAAUUCUGAUGCUUGUAGCAAUACUGUGUUUGAUCACCAUAGGUUUGAUGAAAAUUUUGAUGUUGAUAUGCAAGAUCUUGGUAAAGAUUGGAUCCCUGAAUGUUCUGAGGGAUUGAAACCAUACAUUGAUCAGCGUUUUAGUGAUCUUGAUCAAGCUUUUAUUUUCUACAAGGAUCCCUGA